AUGAGGCAAGCUCAUUACCGUAUCGGUGUUGCUGCGUUGAGUCACCUGCGUGCUUUUGACCAGUCACAAUUACGGGCCAUCACUGGGUAUGACAAGGAAAUCUUGCUGGGACCGCGCAAGCAUUCUCAGGUUGAAUCCACCAAAGGAGAGAAGCUCAAGAUCAACCAAACACAGCUCAAACGACCAGACGUGAACCCGAAGCACGAUUGGUACAGCUACGAAGUGUGGAUCUCUUGGGCGGUCGACACCAUUUGUGAUUGGCCCGAGAACCUGUUCCAAGGACAAUCGACCGGAGACGGAGGCGGGAAUAAAGUCGACAUUCCGAAAUCCCUAUACACCACUCCUGCGCUUCAACAAAGAGUACAGGAGGCCAGGACGAAACUCAAGGAAUUCAUUCAAGGUUUGGAUGUCGAGCAUGAAAUUGGGGACGCGCCACCGAUCAUGUAUGAAGAGUACAUUCCAGGAGAGGAUGAAUGGUACCUACCUUACCCAUGA